AUAUAACAAGCCAUCUUCUUUACAAAGGGAGAAAUAAAAGAUUUUGGAGGAACAAUGGCAACGACAAAACAGAUCUUGGAACAGCCAAAUUUUCCAUUUAAUCAACGCACCAAGAGCUGGCGGACCAUUAUAAGCAUCAAUGGAAGCCCUAUGAAUGAUGACAAGGAAGAGGAGUUUUCACGUUCUUCUUUGGCCUUGUUUAAGGCAAAAGAAGAUGAGAUUGAGAGGUGGCAGAUGGAGGUUAGGGAUAGGGUCCAGAUAAAGCUUGGACUCGCUGAGGAAGCCACUAAGAGAUUAGCCGAAAGGCAGAUAUCGCGGAAGGAAGUAUCCGCGAUAAGGAAAAGAGUUGAUGCUAUUAACCGGGAACUCAAGCCACUAAGAGAUGAGCUUGUUACUGAAAGCGAGGAACUGCGAAUGGCAAAGCUCGAGGAACUCAGCAAAAGCAUUUACAUUUCGUUACACUAACACCAAGAUGAUCAAAAGUUGCAAAAUCAACCAGCUUUGCUUCUUUCCUGCACUUUUCUAAUUGUUUGCUUGUCUUUUGUGAUCAAGUCUUAUUUUCCUGAUUUAGCAGAGAAGUAUAUUCAAACAUUGUAAGUCUAUAACAUCAGUAAUAGAUGAAACUAAUGAUAUCUUCAUAAGAGCUUCUCUCUC